UAAUGUAUCUUUCACUUUUUUUUCAUGUACCAAAUAUAAGUGGUGACCCAUAUUACAUGUCUAUAUAUAUACAAGAUAGGUACAUGGCAUGAGUAGAGGAAGCAAAAUGUUAUUUGUUUUAUGUUUGAUUAAGAAAGCUUAAAAAUUGAUUUGGUUUGAGGAAAUGGAGAUAGAGGUGGAGAGAGGGAUGAGUUCAAAAAGAGGAAUGCAUCUAGUGUGGGAAAAUUUGAGUGUUGUGAUUCCAAAUUUUGGGAAUGGACACACAAAGAGGUUGCUUAACGGUUUGAAUGGAUAUGGUGAACCAAACAGAAUCAUGGCUAUUAUGGGUCCAUCUGGUUCUGGAAAAUCUACUCUUCUUGAUGCUUUGGCAGGUAGACUAUCUAGAAAUGUUAUCAUGUCUGGAAAUGUGCUUUUAAAUGGAAAGAAAAGGAGUCUAGACUAUGGAGUUGUAGCUUAUGUGACACAAGAAGACAUAAUGUUGGGAACACUAACAGUCAGAGAAACAAUAUCAUACUCAGCAAAUCUAAGACUUCCAACAACAAUGACAAAACAAGAGAUAAAUGACAUUGUUGAAGGAACAAUCACUGAAAUGGGUCUUCAAGAUUGUGCAGAUAGGCUUAUAGGAAACUGGCACUUGAGAGGUAUAAGUGGUGGUGAAAAGAAAAGACUAAGCAUAGCACUUGAAAUCUUAACAAGACCUUGUCUCUUGUUCCUUGAUGAACCUACAAGUGGUUUGGACAGUGCUUCAGCUUAUUUUGUUGCUCAAACUUUGAGAAAUAUAGCUCAUGAUGGGAGAACUGUGAUUUCUUCUAUUCAUCAACCGAGUAGCGAGGUUUUUGCGUUGUUUGAUGAUCUCUUUCUGCUUUCUGGAGGUCAAACAAUUUACUUUGGACCGGCCGAAAAUGCAGUUGAGUUCUUUGCGAUAGCAGGAUUUCCGUGUCCGAGUAGAAGAAACCCUUCUGAUCACUUUCUUCGCUGUAUUAAUUCAGACUUCGACACUGUCACGACUACUAUGAUGGCCUCCCGGGGAACACAUGAACAAAAAACAUUAGCACCGUCUACGAUGAACUUAUCAACAGCGGCGACCAAAGCAGUACUCAUAGAGAAAUACCGUUGGUCUGAAUAUGCGACUUGUGCAAGAGCAAGAAUCAAACAAAUGUCAAACUUUGACGGGCGUGGUUAUGAAAGUAAAAGCAAGAGCCAAGCAAAAUGGUGGAAGCAACUAUCGACUUUGACUCAAAGAUCGUUUGUGAACAUGUCUAGAGAUGUAGGGUACUAUUGGAUAAGGUUAACAAUCUAUGUUGCUUUAUCUUUGUGUGUUGGAACAAUCUUUUUUGAAGUUGGUUCAAGUUAUAAUGCCAUUCUUGCAAGAGGAGCAUGCGGCGCUUUUAUAUCAGGUUUCAUGACAUUCAUGUCUAUAGGAGGAUUCCCAUCAUUCAUAGAGGAAAUGAAGGUUUUCUAUAAAGAAAGGAUGAAUGGAUAUUAUGGAGUUGCAGUCUACAUUCUGUCCAAUUUUCUCUCUUCUUUUCCUUUUGUAGCAGUCAUGUCCUUUGCUACUGGGACUAUAACGUAUUAUAUGGUUAAAUUUCGACCCGAGUUUUCACAUCUUUUGUAUAUUUGUUUGGAUCUUUUGGGAUGUAUUGCUGUUGUGGAGAGCUCAAUGAUGAUUAUAGCUGCAUUGGUUCCUAACUUUCUUAUGGGAUUGAUAAUUGGAGCAGGUUAUAUUGGUCUUAUGAUGAUGACUGCUGGCUAUUUCCGGCAGAUCCAUGAUCUUCCUAAAUUCUUCUGGCGUUACCCAAUUUCAUACAUCAAUUAUGGAGCAUGGGGAUUGCAGGGAGCAUUCAAGAAUGACAUGAUUGGAAUGGAGUUUGGUCCAUUGAUAGCUGGUGGACCAAAAGUGAAAGGAGAAAUAAUCCUCACAACAAUGCUUGGAAUGAAGGUUGAUUAUUCAAAAUGGUGGGACUUAGCUGUGGUCAUCUUCAUCCUGGUUUUGCUAAGAGUUAUUUUCUUUUUCAUUCUCAAAUUCAAGGAGAGAGUUGUACCUUUCCUUCACAGUAUCUACACAAAGCAAACACUGCAACGAAUCAUGAAGCGGUCUUCGUUCAGGAAAACUCCGUCGUUCGCUUCCAAGAGACACCAACCACUGCAUCCAUUGUCUUGUCAAGAGGGUCUCAACUCUCCAUGUCAUUGAAUUCCAUUGUUUCCUGAUAUAAAAUGCACAAUAUUCACACACUAUAUAUAUUACCCCCAACAUUAUAUAAUAAUGCAUUUGGAUAUACUGUUUAUUUCUAUAUUAAAGAAACUAUUAUAUAAUAAUGCAUUUGGAUAA